GAGCAGUGUAAUUUGAUGAUAUAUUUAUUAUCAAAAACAACCCACAAUCCCAUCAUCCAUUCCAUUAUCAUUUCCAUUUCCAUUCCCCUGCUUUUUUGUUAGUUCUUGCAAGCCAUGCAUUUCUUCACAAUACCUCCUCCUGCUGCUGCUGCUCCUGCUUUUAUUAUUUUCUUUGGAUUUUUCAUCCUCCAUAAUAAUUCUAUAUUCUGCAAUGCCACCUCUUCUAAUUUCAGUUGCAUCCCAAGCGAGAGACAAGCGCUUCUCAACUUCAAGCAUGAUCUCGAUGAUCCUGCCCUCCGCUUGGCCUCCUGGGUUGGUCAUGACUGUUGCAAUUGGUCUGGCGUUGUCUGCUCCAAACUCACUCCUCAUCAUGUUCACAAGCUCCUACUUGGUGAUCCUGAUCUGAAAUUUUAUGAUACAAAGCGGUUGAGUGGUGAGAUAAACCCUUCUUUGGUGGAUUUGAAGCAUCUACGACACUUGGAUCUAAGCGUCAGUCUUAUUGGGGGCGCUCGAAUUCCAGAAUUCCUUGGAUGUUUACGGAGUUUAAGAUAUCUUAAUCUCUCUUAUACUAUAUUCAGUGGAAUGAUUCCUCAUCAACUUGGUAAUCUCACAAAUUUACACUCUCUUGAUCUUCACUCUAUUUACAGAGAAUUCAAUGGCACUUACAUCAGUCCAUAUGCUAAGAAUCUUCAAUGGCUUUCUCAACUUUCUUCGUUGCGGUACCUAGACAUGAGUUGGGCUGAUCUUAAAAAAGCAUCUGAUUGGUUGGAGGUAACAAAUUCUCUCCCUUCUUUGGAAGUCCUGCGCUUAAGCUACUGCAAUUUGAACUUCAAUUUUCGUCCAAUUUAUCAUGUCAAUUUUUCAUCUCUAUCCCUCCUUGAUCUUUCGGGAAACUAUUUAGGGAACAAUAUUCCACUAUGGGUUUCCAAUUUGAGAAGUUUGACUUCUCUCUAUCUAAGUGGGAUUGCAACUGGUGGUUCUAUCCCUGAUGGUAUUCAAAACUUAACUUUCCUUGUGCACCUUGAUCUUUCUGAUAACUCUUUGAAUACCUCAAUGCCCAGCUGGUUAUAUAGUUUAAGCCAUUUGGAGGUUCUCAACCUUGGCAGUAAUGGAUUUACAGGUCCCAUCCCUGAAGAUAUUCAAAACUUAACUUUCCUUGUGCACGUUGAUCUUUCUGAGAACUCUUUUAAUACCUCAAUACCCAGCUGGUUAUAUAGUUUAAGCCAUUUGGAGGUUCUCUACCUUAUGUUAAUCAAUUGA